AGAAAUUUACCAGACGAAGUAGAAAAGGAGCUUCUGGAGGGGUUACUACAUCCCCAGACCAAAGUUACUGAUGAAGAUAAAAAAAAUGUACAUGUCCCUCCUACGUCCAGAGCAUCCUGUGGAACCUCCUGCUCCUGUGUUGCAGAAGAAGCCUAAGCGUCAACGUAUAGUUCAAAUACGCACUGUUCCCGAUUUCCUUCGUGAUCCAGUUCUUGAUCGCAGGCCAAUGUCUGAACCGACAUACCUCAAAAACAGAAGAGAGCAAAAUGACCCAAAUCCUUGGGAGAAGACAAGCGGGUUCACUCAAAAAGAACUACGACAAAGGAACCUGCACCUGCGAUGGGCAUUGGCUGCUCUUGCUCGCUACAACAGGAGACAUGGUACAAAUUAUAAGCUUGUGGAAGUCAUCAACUGCAAUGGGUUUCUUCUUCCUGUAUACAAGAUCUGGAUUCAUUGUGCUUUCAAAGCUGCAACUGAAACAUCUAAUGUUCCAGAGCUCUUUUUUGCUGAAUUUUACCAAUACGAGCUUCAGAAGCAUCAUUUCCAGAGUGUGACUCGUAUUACCAGUCGCAUCAAGACUACAUGUGAUGACUGCCGAUAUUGCGAAGGGAAGGGGAUUCCUCAUCCAGUCAACAAAUUCACUGAAGGGCAGAAGUACUAUGAGGGACCUAUUUUACGCACAAGGCGGCUCACUUAAUAUGUUAGGUUUGUCUCGUCCAAUGUGUGGGUGAAUCAAUGGAUGCUACUUUGUGUGUGUGUUUUUGUUGCUGUGGGUCUUCCUUGGUGAGAAGCUAUUUAUUACAAAUACAUUGACUUUGAAUGUCCCUGUUAAGUGUUCCGAUGGGGUUAACUAACAUUGAACGGAUUAGUAUUUAUGUUCUUGGAGUAUUUCUAAUUCUCAAUUAUCAGAACACUAGCAACUCUCAACUUUGAAGAUGAGUUACGCAAUACUUUAAUUAAGAAUUAAAAGCCUUCAUUUUUCAAAGUACUAAAAAAGUCUUCACUUGUUUGCAUAUGCUUUUCAACAAUUUUAUGCUAUAUUGGGAACUACUCGCACAAAGUGCGAAUAAAGCUUUUGUGUGUGU